UGUAACCCUUGUAUAUUAUUUUUAAAGUCUUAAAUCGAUUUCUUAAUUUAUAAUUAUUAUUAUUUUUUACUUGUGGUGUCUGUGUCUGUCCGUCCUUCCGUCACUGUUUUUUUUAUUUAUUUAUUUUAUUUACUGUCAUCUAAUUGUGUCGCUGAAGAGUUGGGAUUUUUAUUUUAUCCAUUGGACAUCCAAAGUGCGAGAGCAUAACACCAUCAUCGCCUUCUUCUUCUCCAUCUUCUUUUUCGCUGCCUACUCUGCCGUUUUGCCUUCGACAGCUAUGGUGUUCGGAAUCUAAACGUUUAUUGUGCUAUAAUUUAAAUACAUUCCGUCUUCGUCAUCGUUUUAAAAAUUACCUAUGCGCAUCGUCCAUCUCGGUUAAUCUAAUUUUUAGUGCUCCACUCGUGUACGACACACCGUGAAUUCGUCGCUCACCAGUUGCCAAAGUCGUAUCGUCCACCCGCCCGUCUAUUCACCGCGAGUUCGUAAAACCGGCACUGGAACCCCGAGUUCGUACACCCGCGACGUCGAGCUCAUGCGACCCGAUUGGCCAGCGUCCCGGAACCCGAUCGACAUGUUACACACAUUAAACGCGUUGGCCGCCAAACUAUCACCCACGCAAGUCCAGAACGUCGACGGCAACGCCAACAGGAUAGCCACCGCUGCAGCCGCAGCCGCCACAGCUCUUACCACUUUGAACGGCAACAGUGAUAUAGAAAUGGCCAUCCCUACCCCAUGUGCGUCUACGGCCGAUGGCAGCAACGACACCGAACAACCAGAAACUGACUACAUAAAAAUGUUUGUGGGCCAAAUACCUCGGGCGAUGAAUGAGCAGGAUCUUAUGGACAUGUUCGGUGAAUUUGGUCGAGUAUACCAACUGAACUUACUCAGGGAUAAGUUUUCUGGAGUUAGUAAAGGUUGUUGUUUUGUAACUUAUUACACGAGAAAAGCUGCUCUUGAUGCUCAAAAUGCUUUACACAAUAUCAAGACGCUACCAGGGAUGCACCAUCCAAUACAAAUGAAGCCUGCUGACAGUGAAAAUCGAAGCGAAAGAAAACUGUUUAUCGGUAUGCUAUCGAAAAAAAUAUCCGAACCAGACAUCAGGUUGAUGUUUGAACCUUUUGGAGCCAUCGAAGAAUGUUCGGUGCUCCGGGACCCGAAUGGCGUUAGUAAAGGUUGUGCAUUUGUCACGUACACGACCAAACAGAACGCUAUAGCGGCCAUCAAGGGUAUGCAUCACUCACAGACUAUGGAAGGCUGUACGUGUCCGCUUGUAGUCAAGUUCGCUGAUACCCAAAAGGAAAAAGACCAGAAACGCAUGCAGCAGAUGCAAGCGAACCUAUGGGGUUUGGCGGCGACCGGAGGCAACAGCGUACCCACUGCUCAGUACUUGGCGCUAGGUGUGCUAGCCAAUCAACAGAUGAACAGUGACACGAAUUCGCUGUCGUCACAAGUGCUCCAGCAGAUCCAAUUGAAUGCUGCCGCUGCUGCCGUGGCAGCCAAUAACAACAAUAACCAUCAGUUGAACAAUCUGCUUUUGACCAACAACACAGGUGCGCUCAAAUCCCCGUAUCAUGUCCAGACGUCCCAUUACCAUCCCACACAUGUAGAUACUGUUUCACCUCGGCGUUUAGAUUACACCGAUCCUUUCUAUACAGGCUACCAGAAUUUGUCUGCGUCACCGCCGAGUCUAGGAGACCUGAACCCCGGAAACUUACAGAACUUGUCAACACUUGCCAAUUUAUCCGUUGGAAACCCUAUAGUCAACUCUGUGAACAUGCAGAAUCUAGUCACAUUAGCCGCGAUGGGAGCAAAUUCCGUCUCGCCUACAGGGUCCAGUUCAUCUAGUCUAAGUAGUUCAGCUCUGUCAAGUUUGUCGCCGACGUCUGCAGCCGCUGCAGUUUUAUUUGGGAAAAAUUCUGGUCUUUUAGCAGGCACCAACGGCACGAAUGGCGGAACAUACGGUUCGUCGCUGAACGCACUUGGUCUCACGCUGGCCGACCUUAACUCUAACCAGUUUGCCAUGCCGCAGUCACCACCGGCCAGUUCGCCGCUAUACUUUUUGAACAACAAUAAUAAUAACAACAACAGUCCGACAAAAGUGUCCAGCAAGCAGCUUGAAGGUCCGGAAGGUGCCAAUCUGUUUAUAUACCAUCUCCCCCAGGAUUUCGCUGAUUCUGAUCUCGUGACCAUGUUUUUACCAUUUGGUAACGUUAUAUCGGCAAAGGUUUACAUUGAUAAAGAGACCAAACUGUCCAAGUGUUUCGGGUUCGUGUCGUACGACAAUGCGUACAGUGCUCAGGCGGCCAUACAGACGAUGAACUCGUAUCAGGUGGGCAACAAGAGGCUGAAAGUGCAACUCAAGAGACCCAAAGAGGCGUCCAGGCCGUAUUAACCGCACCAACGAUUGACUACUAACAACAGAACGACCGACCGAUCGUACCUCGUUCCCUGCAAGAAUGAACAGUCGUGUCGUACACCGUAUUGUUAUUGUUUACGAUGACAUAAAAUUUAAUAAUUGUUAUGUGUGUACAUAAUAAUACUUGGUU